GUAACAUUUAGUACCAUUGCUCUGUUGGGAAGUGAGCUUAAUCAUGAAAGUAGGUUACGAGAUCACCACUUGCCGCUCGUCGGCCAACACUUUUUCUAUUUUGUGCAUUACCAAUUAACGUGCAUUUUUGCUGUCGAUAUUUCACCAUAACAAGCUGAGAACUGUUGUGACUUAAAAUUCUUUUCAUCUUCAACUGUUUGAUAUUUACAUUGUUUAAUUCAUCUUCACCUCAGGACAGAGAGACGUAGGUACCCGAUAUCUGAUAGCAUCGUGAUGUGAUAUACCCACUGCAUUCGGAGAUUACAUCGUACGACGUCAUAACCAAGAAUGGAGGACGACAUAGUAGUACUGGAGACCAUUCCGCCUAAGUAUGAGACUCGGAGAAAUGGACUGCAUUGUUCCAAACUUAAGCGACCUCAUCAAGCUGUCGAGAACUUGAAGACAUCGUCACCACUCCACCAGAGACCGGUCCAGAUGGUCUAUCCUGCCGUUCAAAAGACCUCGGAGGAUCACCGAAUUAAGAUCAGUGUUCGUAUGGACUCGGAUGCCGAAGAACGCUCCAGUACCAGCGAUAGCUCAGAAAUGGAUGACCCGAAGGAUACACGCGUGUCUAAGAAUCUAAUGGGCGGUUCGACCGGCAGACAACAACGUGAUUUUGUUCCAGAAAGUACGAAGAACGAGAAAUACUGGGUUAAAAGAAUAAAGAACAACUUAUCUGCGAAGCGAUCUCGAGAAAAACGUCGCAUGGCAGAUAUUUUAAUGGAAAGCAAGGUGAGCAAGCUAGCCCAAGAGAAUGAAGACCUUCGAAGUGAGCUGGCAAACAUAAAACGGUUGGUACAGGAUAGCCUUGUUAAAGAGCCUAAGCAGUUGGUGGCCAUUGACGUCAGGGCACCACCACAAGGUCCUCAAAAAGAAGUUGUUGGUGCUCCCCAACAUCCCGUUCCACUGGUACUCCCUACCUACCAGAACCCCUUGUCAAAGAUCCCUACUCCUCCCCAGGAGAUUGUACUUAUACCCCAGUCGGGUGUGUCACAGUCACUUGUACCACAGCCAGUUGUACCACAGUCCAUUGUGGCACAACCUGGUAUACCUCAGACUGGUAUAGCUCAGUCAGGUUUGAUGCAACCCAGUUUACCACGAUCCAUUAUGGUGCAUCCAGGUUUACCACAGUCCAGUAUGGUACAGCCCGGUUUACAACAGAUUCGAAUGGUACAACAAAGUUUACCACAGACCAUUGUGGCCCAACCUAACCUGCAACAGUCUGGUUUACCACAGUACAGUCUACCCCGCCCAUGCGUUCCACGACCCGACUUACAACAGUCUGGUUUACCAUAUGCCGUUCAAUCAGUGGCCCACCCAACCUUGUCCCAUGGAUCUGGUCUCCAAGUCACCCCGUCAUCAGAGAACGUGCAUCCUUACAAUCGCCCUGAGUUCGAGAAUCAUACGAGACGGAUAAUUCCUAGAGUACCGUCGCUCUUAGGAAGGACGCCUGUAAGUUCAUCGCAAGGUAGUACUGACCAAUCCUCAGAGCUAUCCUCAAAAGAAACAAAUGGUGUUACCAAAGUAAGAUCACCAGGAGUGAAAUUGAAAAAUCCUGGUGAUGUCCCAUUAGGCAGGGUCUCCGAAAGAGCCCCUCCACUGGACAAAGCACUCACCAGAUUUUCUAAGCCAACAGCAACUGAUCUAGUAGCGACUUCUCCACAUAGUACUUCAUCCGAAACCUCUGAAACAUCCCUUGCAGAAAUCAACAAGCUGCCACAUAAAUUACGUGCCAGGUUUCUACGCUCACUUGGUCAACAAGAAGAAGGAGAAACCACAAACCCAGAGGCGAAGUCAUCUCCCAAAGAACCUACACCAAGCAACGAUCCUAUCCUUAUGAACAUCAAACAGGAAAAGGAUGAGAUUCCACAAGAUGAUGGUGAAAUGGAGAUCGACUGUGUUCCCUCUGUCCCGCUGAAUGUCCAGUGGGUCCCGCCGAAGACUGAAUUCCAUUCGAAUCCGCUGAAAAACAUCGAUGACGAACUAGAACAGGCCAGAAAACUAAUGCCCUAUCCUAGCCCAACCAUGAAUCGCGCGGAGGCACAGGCCUAUGUUGAACUUGCUAAAGCUGCUUCAGAUUUAGUCGGUGCUCGACUUCAAUUGAAGGACUUUUCUGCUCCGUCCGUCCGCCAGCUUACUCGUCAACGAACACGUGAUAUGAACCAAAUUGAAAAGUAUCGCGAUAAACGCGUUCGAAACAAUAUCGCCGCUAAAAAGUGUCGCGACGCGAAACGAUUGCUCAAUGAUUACCGGACUGCGCGAUCGAAUUUCUUUGAAGUUGAAAAUGUGACUCUGAGAAAUGAAGUGGAAGUUCUUACCAAAGACGUAAUGAGACUCCGCGAACUGGUACGGAACAGACAGUUAACACAAUAGUAUAGAUAAUGUAUAUUGGAACCACUCAAGAGGGGAAACGAGGCAUACUUGAUAUAUUAGUAUUAUAUGAUUAUCAUAAUUUCUUUGCAAGAAACUAGGUUGAAAGUUUGGUUUCAAUCAUUGAUUUAAUACAUUUAUGCAAACGAGUUGUUAUUUUCAAUAUAAAUACAGAAUUCUCUGUCAGCCUGAAGGUUUUAUACCAAGGCUUGCAUACGAAUUCCGAAUAGAAAAAGGCUGAUCUGCAACUACACUGCUCCAUAACAUAUCGGGCUUGAUGGAUGGACUUCAGAAUAUUAAUAAAACGAUCUUUGUGACAAUUCAUGUAGAUAAUAUAGGUACGUUCAGGGUUAAAGGUUGCUCUUCUACUGUGUGAACAAUUUCUAUUUGACAUUAACUUAAUGUUCAUUUGUCGAAAUUCAAAACAUAAUCUAACAAUUGGUAAUGGUAUUCCAGUGAAUGCACAAAAACGAUGUGCACUUUUUUUUAGAGUUGCAAUAUUGGGAUUCACUAACAGGAAGAUUUUUGUGUCUGUAUCAUUGAUUUACUGUCGUGGGAAACAGAUAAACACUGAGGUCCAUAUAUGAUUUCAAAAUUGCUAAGUGCAUUCUCUAUGUGAGAGAACCGCUUGUAUUAUCCUCAACAUGUACACUUACAUGCGUAAAGGGGAAGACUGCAUGGACACUCGGUGAAACUUUGCCACAGAUACCCUUCUGAAUACUCUACAUAGUAAAAUUUCAUAUGGGUAACUAAUUGCAUAUUAAUGGCUAUGCCGUUGUCCUCUUUAUAUUUUCUUAAUUGCUUUCAUUGCAAGUCAUCAUUGAUUUGAGAGCACUGUAUGUUUUCAUAAUUAAAAGCUAUACUCUCCAAAAUAUGUUUUUACUCAAUGUGUCGUCCUUUGGGGGAUAUAAACACUCCGUUCUUGAUUUGUGAUUUUACACACACACACAAACGAACGGAGAGAGACCCAACGGACACUAAUCCGGAUCCGGAUAAAUCUCACCCGGAUUUAUCAAAAGUUUGAAGUGUCUUAGGCCCUUGCCAUUGAAUAAAAUAAGACGUUCCAUGAAUAAUUAUCUUUCUUUUAAAAAUAUACCCUAAAGGAUUACAUUUGACUUUCUGGAAAAUAAAUUAGGUCCCCUUGUAAGAGGUUUGAUUAGACCCAGUGGAAGGUUCCUGAAAUCACAUUUUUAAUACGGCUUUCUUAGUAAUUUGCCCCCCCCCUCUUGGUUAUCCCCAUUUUAUUCAGACGUAGUCAAUGCUGCACUUUCAAUGUUAUUAAUUUUAUGAUUACGUAUUCCAUUUGCUUGUGAACACUCCGAAUGGUUGAUUAUUGUAUAGACAGUCCCAAACCCCAACCGAUAGAGUUGUGUUAAUUUGAUACAUUCCCGAGUUCUUUAUUGAUGUACAGAAAUAUUAUUUUGAUGUCUUUUGAUUUGAUAAAAUGCAAUUAAAUGCACUAUAUAUGUUUUAAUAGUA